UCUAAAUUAUGCUGACACUUUUACUCGUAUCUAUCAAUUAUCUUUACUGAUUCUAAUCAAUGUUUCUUUGUUGCUAACUGUAAACGCAUUGGAUGGUAAUGGAGCAGUUUAUUUGGGUAAGUAAUUUGUAGCUUAUCAAGGCCAUUUUUACUUGCAAAAGAUGAUAAAUCAUAAUUAUUGGGGAAACUAACAACUUAAUGGAUCGGUAAACUAAACAGGAGCUUAUGAUGUAGAAGAAUCUGCUGCCAGAGCUUAUGAUUUAGCAGCAGUUAAGUACUGGGGACCAACAACUUUUACCAAUUUUCCAGUAAGUUGAGAUAAUAGAGCAUGAAAAUGGGGGAGCUCUUGAAGCACUUUUUGAACAAAAAAGUAGCCAUAUCAACUUUGAUUUCUUUAUGUUAAGUCUUUUUUGAUGAAUGUUUCUCUGCAGGUGUCAGAGUACGAGACAGAAAUAGAGAUAAUGCAAAACGUUACAAAAGAAGAGUACUUGGCCUCUUUAAGAAGGUAUCAGCUGCACAUUUAUGGACUUUAAAUUCUCCUAAUGAGCUCUAAAUUUAUAGUUCUUUUCUUCCAUGUAUAAAGAAGAAGUAGUGGCUUUUCAAGAGGUGUAUCCAAGUACAGAGGAGUUGCAAGGUACUUAAAUUUUAUUACCUUCAAAGUUGUUAUUUAUUGUAGACUAUUUAGUAAUGAAAUUUCAUUUAAGGUUGAAUUCUUGAAUGAAUUGUAGGCACCAUCAUAAUGGAAGAUGGGAAGCAAGGAUAGGAAGAGUGUUUGGAAACAAAUAUCUUUAUCUGGGCACUUAUAGCACUCAAGAGGAGGCUGCCCAUGCUUAUGACAUUGCAGCAAUAGAAUAUAGAGGCAUUAAUGCAGUGACAAACUUUGACUUGAGCACUUACAUAAGAUGGCUUAGACCAGUAUCAAAUUCUGCUGGAGCUGAAGAACAAAAUCCUCUAACUGCAAACUCCAAGUCUCAGCCUUACCUCAUUGAAAGAAAUGAAAGAGCAGAGAGUUCAUCAUUAUUCCAUUUCAACAACCCAUUUGUAGUAAAUGACAUAGAAACCUCGAAACGACAAGCAGCCAUAAGUCCUUGCAGCAGCAGCACUGCUUCUCCAACAGCUCUUGGACUCCUAUUCAAGUCAUCAAUAUUCAGGGAGCUGGUUGAGAAGAAUUUGUGUGUUGAGAACGAAGAAAGAGUGGAGGAUGAUGAGAAGAAGCUUGGGCAGGAUAAGAACGAUAGCUUUGAUAUGAUUUCCUUUGAUGGUAGUAUUGGCCCUAGUUUGGAGUCCAAUGGAGAGAGCACAUUGUCGUUUUGUAAUGGAAGGGGACAAUCCUUUUGGAAUUUUCCAAUAAACAUGUCUUCUCUUCAUUUCAACUAACAUUUUAACUGUAAACUCUACCUCUAGUUCCCUCUUAACUGUAAACUACAAUAAUAUGUCAUGAAGGUGUUUGGCACCCUAAGGUAUUUUAUAAUAAUCCUCCUUCUAUUUUCUAAAUUUUCGUAAUAGUAACUAAGUUUAGUCACUAUAUUUACGUAGUGUUUGGUUAGAUGUAAUAAAAUAGAAUGGGAAAAAAACAAUUUUAUUUUAUUUCUUCGUUUGGUUGGAUUGUAUAUUAGAAAAUCAAUUCAAUGAAAUGAUUUUUCUAUCAUUUUGAUUAAAUGACUAUUAGAUUUUGAAAAAAAAAAAAAAAAUCAUUCCAUUAUAAAAUGAGAAAAAAAAAUUAAUUAUUUUUUUGUCAAUAUUUUUUUAUGAAUUUUAAAUUUGAUUCUAUUCAAUUCUUAAUCUCAUUCCCAUUAUGUUGAUUAUGGUUAUAAGUUUUGUCGUCCGGGAUUGGAAGCUGUGAAUCUGGAGAGCAGAUACCGGAAGCUAGUGUGGAUUCGGAAAGCCCUGUGCAGAAGGUCUUGUUGAAUCUAGAAGGUACUUCCAAAUAAGCUUGUAUCGUGAAUGAAAUGUCUCUCCCGGAUGGCUUGUCACUAAUCCGGAGGUGUACUCCCAGACAGCUCUGUCAGUCUUGAAGCUUAAUCCGGGAAUGAAGUCAUGUACGCAUUCAGAAGACUUUUGUGUUACAAAGCUUCUAGAUUUUUCGUACUGAAAGUAUGUGUUUCAAGAUGAUGUUAAAGAUUCUUGUAACCUUGUAAACACUGAUAUCAAUAAAGAUAGGAAAAUUAUAGUAAAUGGCCCCAAAUUAUAGGACUAUGUUAGUAAAUGUCCUCAUUUCAAAACUUGUAAAAACUUGUAGCAAAAUGGCCCUUUUAAAUUAUUUAUUAUUUAUAUUAUAUUUUGCCACAUAAAAAAAUCAAUAAUUUUUUUUAUAUAUUUUUUUAAAAAAUUAGAAGCAAAUUACUUAAAGAUUAUGGUAUAUCUAUAUUAGUUUCGUUAAUUAAAAUCUUUUUUAUUUGAAAGUUAUGUCGAUUUUUUUAAUUUUUUUAUGACUUGUUGUGAGUUAUUGGUAUAUCGAUUGAGUUGUUGAGGAUUAUUGGUAUAUCGAUUUUGUUGUACAGUAUAUUUCUGUAUUGUUGUAUAGUAUAUUAUUAUUCUUACAUGAUAUUUAUUUUCUAUUUUGUUAUGUAUAAUAAUAUUAUAUAAUUUUAUUAGCAUAAUACAAAUAUUUUAAUAUAUAUGUAUAUAAUUUUAUUAAUAUGCUAUAUAAUUAAUUAUUAUUUUUAUAUAUUUUAAUUGUAUGAUAUAUUUUUUAUUUUAAAUAAUAUUUAAUUAGUUUCUAUUUUAUUAUAUAUAAUAAUGAUAUAUAAUUUUGUUGUCAUAGUAUAUAUAUUUUAAUUAUAGUAUAUAAUUUGGUUAGUAUAUUAUACAUAAUAUUUUUAUUAUUAUUAUUAUUAUUAUUAGUAUAUAUUUUUUGAUGAUUAGUAUAUAUAUUUUUUGUUAUAUUGUAUAUUAUUAUUUUUUUAAAUAAUAUUUAAGUUCUAUUUUUUCUUGUACUUUUAUUGAUAUGAUAUAUAAUUUUAUGGAAUUAUUAAAUGAAAAAUACAAGUUGACACUUUAUUUAUUAAAAUACCUCCAUAAGGUGUGGAUAAUAUUUAUACCUUUUAUGUGCUUUUAAUUACCAAAAUACAUCUUACAUCAUCACUUACACAAUCAGAUGAUGGUUGUUGGGUGGUUGGCCGAAAAAUGCAUUAGACGAAAAUUUCAAUCAAAUGAAGGUUGCUUAGUGGUUAGCCGAAGGUUGCAUUAGACAAAGGUUUCAAUCAGAGGAAGUUUGUUGGGUGGUUGCUGGGUGGUUGGCUGAAGGUUGCAUCAGACAAAAUAACUGUUAGCAAAAUGUUUAUCCAACUGUAAUGCAACUGUUAUGAAACAUUAAAAAUCAACACAGUGUUUCCACGUACGUAACUCUAUCUACAUGUCUCUUUAUGAUUUAAUAUGAACAAAUUCACCAUUAAAAAUUUGGAAAACAACAAAAAUACACUAGAAUAAAUAUUUUAUUGUAGUAUUGAUGUAAUUUUUUUUUAUACUUGAGUUGGAUUGUUUGGGAACUCCAGUUCAACUUUUUGAGAUCUGCAAUUCAUGGAUCUAAACAUUAAAGUCAGGACAUUAGUUUUAUGCAAAUUGCACUGAAUUUUCGAUUGAAUUUUAGUUUCGUAGUAAUUUUUCUACACUUUUUUUUUUCAUGAAUUCGAAACAGCCCCUGUUUUGAUUGAUUCUGGUCCUCUUCUCAGGUGAAGUCGCCUGAUUUUAUGGUGGUUUUCUUUCUGGUUGAAUUUUUGUUUUGGUUGCGUUGUGUUGCUACGUGGUUGCAAGAUGGUUUCCCAGGAAGUAGGGGUGUUCGCUGUGCGAGUGGUGCGAUUUUUGACUAUUUUUUUAAACCAACCCACACAUGAGGUUUUUCCAAUUUUCCAAACUAUACCCAACCGCGAAACUAAAAAAUCGCAUAAACUGCACUAUAAAAAUGGUGUGGUGUAGUGCGAUUUUUGCAGUUUCUGCGGUUUGGACUAUCACCAACAAAUAAACUAUCACAAAUAGAACAAAGCUUGAUCAACACCUGUCAAAAAUACCAUAAGGCUUGAAAAUAAAUACGAAAAAAAAUUAAGUUUCAAUAAUACAAUACUUAGUGGGCUUUGAGUUGGACAUUCACAUAUUGGACCUAAAUAAAUAUAAAAAAUUGGUAUUUUUAUAAUGUGCAGUGUCGUGUGGUUUGAACCACAUAUUAACAAUUCAAAACCGCACCGCAAAGACUUUCAAACUGUAUUUUUUUGCGGUGCGGGCGGUUUGAGAGGUUUGAUGAACACCCCUACCAGGAAGCAUGAAUCCUGGGUUGAAGGUGUGUGUAAGUGGUAUUUGUGUAAUUUUUUUUUAUUUGGGCUGUAUAUUUGUUUAUUUGUUUAAGUGGUAUUUGUGUAAGUGGUUUGAGCGGUUUGAAGAACACCCUUACCAGGAAGCAUGAAUCCUGAGUUGAAGGUGUGUGUAAGUGGUAUUUGUGUGAAAAAAAAUUUAUUUGGGCUGUAUAUUUGUUUAUUUGGCCAGCUGGAAGUAUUUUUAUAAUAUUGUUACUUUUUUUGGUUAAAAUUGAAAAAAUAACCCUAAUUUUAUUAGCAUCCUAUACAUUUUCAUUUUUAUUUAUUGUUAUUAUAUUUAUAUUUCUAUUCUAAGGUAUAUGUUUUUGUUAUAUGGUAUAUAAGUUUUAUUGUAUAGUAUAUCAUUUUAUCUUAGAUGAUGCAUGUUUAGUUUUUAUUUUAUUAUAUAAAGGUGAUAUAUAAUUUUGUUCAUAUGGUAUAUAUAAUUGGAAAAUUCUAUAAUGCACCCCCGUAAAAGGGAUACAUCGAUAUAUCUCUAUCUAUUUUAGUAUCCAAAAUAAUUUUUUAGUCAAAUUUUUUCUCAUGGUCAUGUAAAUUAUAGUUAUUUAAGACAUCCUACAAAAUUUUAAGAAAUUCAGAAAAGUUUAACACACCCAAAAUUGCAUUCAAGCAGUAUGUUACACGCGUGACUAUUUUAUUUUAUUUUAUACGUGUGUAAAAUAGACUGUUUGAACAUUAUUUUCUACAUUAUAAAUUAUUCCGAAUUUCUCAAAAUUUUGUAGGAUAUCUUAAAUAGCUAUAACGUACAUAAAUAUAAAGAAAUUAGACUAAAUUUUUUUUUCUAGAUACCGAAACAAAUAGAGGGUACAUCAGUACAUCCCUUUUAAGGGGGUGCAUUGUAGAAUCACCCUAUAUAAUUUUUUUUAAUAAUAUUAUAUUAUAUUAUUUUGUUUUAUUUUAUUUUUUAUUGUACGUAUAUAUAUUUUUUUUGUUGUAUGGUAUAUAAUUUUUUGUUGUCUAUAGUAUAUAGAUGAUGUUUUAUUUCUAUUUUAUUAUAUAUAAAUUUUUUGGUAUAUAUACAUAUUUUAAUAGUGGUAUAUAUAAUUUGGUUAGUAUGAUAUAUAUAUUUGUUGAGUAUUAAUUUAUUAUUGCUAUAAUUUUUUAUGGUAUGUAAUUUUAAUACUACGGUAUAUCAAUUUUUAGUGAUACGAUAUCAAAUACAGUUGUAUAUAUUUAAUUAUUUAAUAUAUUUAUUCGUUUUUGUCACAAUAUAAUAAUAUGCAAUACUAAAAAAAUUAUAUAACUUAAUUUAAUGAUUAUAUAUUUUUUUUUAAAAAAAAUAAUAUAUAGUAAAUGUAUUUUGAUUAGCUACUUUAUUAUAUUUGACUAUUUUUUUAAUUUUUUUUUUUAAAAAAGACACAUUUACUAACUUGGUUUCUAAAUUUAAGGUUAUUUUGCAUCUCAAUGGUUGCUGCUA